AUGGAGAGAGAAUGGGGAGCUGGAGCAGGCAGCGCCAACGUCACUCAUUCUCGAGCUCAUCUCCAGCUUCCCGCUCUGUUGCCCUUCUUUGAUCUCCUACCCUCGGCCAAUGGGGCUGUCACUUUUGAUCUGCCCUUGAUAAUAUCUUCUGGUUUCACCCAGUUUAACGGCUCCUACUCCUCUCACCUUUAG